AGCGACCCGGUUGGCAGUUGGCAGGUGGCAGGGUCCGGCCGGCGCAACGCUUUUUUAGGAGCUGGAAAGGACGCGCAUCGUCGAUGCGGCUGAACUCAACAGCCAGGCCCUCCUGCCCUACCAAGCACCGUUUCCUUUCGUUUAUUAUUACUGUUUUUCUGGUGUUUGCACUGGGAGAUUUUCUGGCCCGCCGCAGUGACGUCACCAAUGAACAAGUUCGAAUGCUGCUCCUCGUGGCCACACAGUCACCCGCUGAGUCGAGGCAAGCCGCAUAGAUUCUCAAGAUGGAAUCGGCCGGCCUCCGCCAUCGCUCGCGCGAGACGCCCAAGAAACAACCUGGCGCGACAUCGACGGCAACAACCGUCGAGAUCUCCGAGGUGAAGUCCCCCAGCACGGGCAGCACCAGCACAACCGCAUUCCAAACGCCGCCGCCAGCGCGGGACCAUGGCCACGACCCCUUCCCGCCCAUCACCCUCCGCGCCCCGUCGCACAGCCGCGACGAGGACGCGGUCCAGCCGCCGCGCUUCACCAUCGACCUGAGCGAGGCGCCCGAGCGGCGGUACAGGCACGUGGCCGACCACAUGCGGGAGGCCGUGGUCGUGUCGGACCUCGCCGACCUCUUCGACUCGCUGGUCCGCGACGUGGCGCCGGGACCCCUCGCGCCGGCCCUGCACGCCCUGGCGCGCCGCGUGCUCCGCCACCUGCACUGCGCCGAGGAGACGGCGGAGCUGCGCGGCAUCGCGGCCGCCUCGGGCAUCGCCCUGCACCUGCUGGUGGCCUUCAACGUGCUCCUGGACCUGCUGCUCGGCUGCUCCAGCGGUGGCAUGCGCGUUGUCUGCCCCGGGCCCGGUGGCGCCGGCGCGCCGCCCUCCUCCCGGAUCCUGCACUUCCGGACCCUGGACUGGGGUAUGGAGGAGCUGCGCGCCCUGACGGUCGAGCUCGACUUUGUCAGGCGGCCCGGCGGGCCCGUAGUUGCGACCACCGUCACCUACUUUGGCUAUGUGGGCGUCUUGACGGGCGUGCGCCGCGGGCUCAGCAUGAGCCUCAACUUCCGCCCGCACCACGACCGCUCCACCUGGCGCCGCCGGGUCGGCUUCCGCUGGCACCAGGCCAUGGUGGUGCUCGGGUUUCGCCAGAGCGUGUCGAGCGUCCUGCGCGCGCUGCUCCUGACGCCCGACCCCGAGCUUGAUGGGGAUAGCAUCCCCGCCAACGCAGAGAUUGCCGUGAGACGUCGGAAGUGGUGGGCGCGAAAGCCCAACAUAACUCGUGCCGCCCACAGCAGCCAGUCCCGAGCCAAGCCUCGUGUCACAUCGCCCAUCAUCCCUUACAUCAAGAAUCACCUCCCCGCCACGCGCUCGACGGCGGCGUACCUCAUCUUCUGCACCCCCGACGAGGCGCGCACGCUCGAGAAAGACAACGGCCACGGCCAGUUCCACUCGUCGCGCCGGUUCCACGCGACGUACAACCACGACAAGGCGGACGAGGCGGACCCGCGGCGGCUAGCGCAGGCAGCCCACGGCGCGGCGGAGGAGGCGGCGGGCAUGGGGACGAUCGUGGAGAUGUCCAUCAGCAGGGCCGGGGGCAUGGAUCGCCACUUCCGGCGCGCGUCCAGGAGGCUCAAGGCCAAGUCCAAGCCCGGCAGCGCGAGUAGGAGAAGCACCGGCAGCAGCGCCGACCACGCGCACGGCGACUGCAGCUGCGAGGUGGGCCCGGACGAUGUGCUCAGGCUGGUGCUGGACCCGGACAUCUGUAAUGAGGAGACACACUACGCCGUCGUCAUGGACCCGGGUCUGGGGAAGGUGCUCUGGCGGAGGGCGUUCCCGCUCGAGUUUCCCGCUGAGGUUGACGGCACGGACGAACUCCCAACGGGGAUGCGUUUCCCUGACAACAUAUCUUUGUAGCCCGCAGUCUGGGUCGGUUGCUGGGUCGCUACAACACUCUAGAACGAUACACAUUAUUGGAUUGAGGUCCAUCUAGAAUAAUUGAAAAGUAUUGUGUAAAACAUGA